UCUGUAUUAUAAUCAGAGACGGAAGGAGUAUUUUGGAAAAUCUAAUUUCCUUUCGAAGACAAAAUAUUUUAGAAAUGUGUGUUAGAAUUAUAAUACUCAUUUUUUUUUCUUAAAUUUAAUAACUGUACUCUAUUAGUAUUUAAAUUCAAAUGUUUACCUACUCUGUAAACUUCCAUCGGAAACGUUAACCCCUGUCCCCACCCCACAGGCCCACACCAAUGACAUGACUCCCUCACAUCGUGCAUGUGAAGUUGUUUCCUGAGGUUAAUGAAACAUUUACUAAUAGAAACAAAAGUAUUCCUAUUUCCUGAUGGUGACAUAAUUAUUAAAGUCUCUUAUAAAGUUAGAAAAUUUCUUGGAGUUUGUUAGAAUGAAAAUGGAGGGGCUUGAUUUGUUCCUAGUAGCAACGAAUACCAUAGGCUUCAUUUGUGUGUGCAGUGCCCUUAUCAAAUUUCUCAAGUGGGUAUGGGUGGUGUUCUUGAGGCCACCAAAGAAUCUCAAAGAGUAUGGUUCAUGGGCCAUAAUCACUGGCUCCACUGAUGGAAUUGGCAAGGCCAUGGCUUUUGAAUUGGCAUCUAAGGGACUUAACCUUCUCUUGGUUGGUAGAAACCCUCUAAAACUUGAGGCAACAUCCAAGGAAAUAAGAGAUAGACUUGAUGUUGAGGUUAAGUUUGUGGUCAUAGACAUGCAAAAAGUUGAGGGAGUUGAAAUAGUAAAAAAAGUAGAGGAAGCAAUAGAUGGAUUGGAUAUAGGUUUGCUAGUUAAUGGUGCAGGCUUGGCUUACCCUUAUGCUAGAUUCUUUCAUGAGGUUGAUUUGGAGCUUAUGGAUGCUAUUAUAAAAGUAAACUUGGAGGGAGCAACUUGGAUCACAAAGGCAGUGCUUCCCACUAUGAUCAAGAAGAAAAAGGGAGCAAUAGUGAACAUUGGCUCUGGUUCCACUGUUGUGCUUCCUUCAUAUCCUCUAGUCACCCUCUAUGCUGCUACAAAAGCAUACCUUGCAAUGUUCUCGAGAUGCAUCAGUUUGGAAUACAAGCAUCAAGGAAUUGACAUCCAAUGUCAGGUUCCAUUAUUUGUAUCAACAAAGAUGACCAAAAUGAAGACAUCAAUUUUUGUUCCAACGCCGGCUAUGUAUAGUAAAACAUGCACAAGAUGGAUUGGAUACGAAAAACUGGUUGAGCCAUACUUCCUCCAUUCUGUGCAGGGGUUUCUCAUAAGGGCAAUUCCUGAUUCAUUAGUGGAUUCCUAUAUGCUGCGCUAUUUUCUUUAUUGGCGUGGAAGAGGACUCUCCAAGGACUCCAACAUUAAAACAUCAGCAGCAUCUAAUUCUGAAGAAGCAAACAUCAUUAAUCAAGAUCAUACAAAUUAAGUCCUAGUUCCUAUAACAACAUUUAUGGAAAGUUGUGGCUGAUCAUGGAGACCCCCAGUGAAUUAAUUAUAGUUUUUUUUUUUCUCUUUUUCUUUUCUUUUUAGAUUUGCCUUUCGGUAAAGUCGUUUACCUACUUUCCACUAUUGUUAGUUUUAUACUUAUAAGUUUUAUCUGCAAUUGGUCAGCCUUUACUUAAUCUAGUUAUUCUUUGAACAUUUGCUUUGCC